UCUAGGAAACCAGGGCUAUUAGAUGUGAGGGAGCCGGCCAUCUAUUGGCCCGUCCUUUCCAUUGACCCCGCCCCAGGUUGCUUAGGAGAUGAGAGACGCCGAAUCUUGAUCAUUGUCGGCGCAGAGAACAGGAUAGGAAAAUUUUCUGUACCAGGAGGGCCGCCAUGGAGAGCUCUGACAGCUCCUGCCAGGACUGGUGCAGCGGUAGGCAAUGCUGGUUUGAACUCGGACCCACGGACUUGAUGGAGCGCAAGGGCUCCCUAACCCUCCGUUCCCACCACAAGAAAUACUCGAAGCCAGUGUUGGUGUAUUCCUGGCAUCGUGACAGAGAAGCUUAUCCCAAAGAUUAUGAUAUAGAGGGUCCUGAGGAAGUAAGAAAACUGUGUAAUUCAACAUAUUGGCGACUUGGAACCAGUGAACCCCCAAUUUGGAUAUCAGAAACACAUGAAAAAAUGGCACAAGUUUGUUUAAACACAGAUUUGGCUGAAAUAAAGAGCAAGGCUUUAUUGAAUGAGGAAACAAUGAGCUCUGGGAUUAUUAAAAGGGACACUGGAUUGCCUACUACAGGCUUUGGAGCUCUCUUUACUCGACCCCCACCAGAUUGGCGCAAAAUGUAUACAUUGACAACAUAUGCUGAAGAAUAUGCUCCACCAUAUGAAUAUCAGCCACUUUGAGGCAGGGCCCUCUUGCCAGACUGCUGCAGCCAAGAAGACAAGGAUCCCUCUUAUCCCAGCUCCCAGUUAGAGGGCUUUCUUCCCAGAAGGAACAAGAUCUCGGCAUUUCUCAUCCUGCUACCCAGCUAUCUGUUGCUGAAGCUCAGUCUUGGGUGAGUACAGUCAGUGUAUGAUGGUGCCCGUCACCGUCGGCCCCACUCACAGAAUGGUGCUUGUACCUUGGGUAUGACAUGCUGAGAGUACUGGAGCCCCUUACCCUAGCUUAUGACAGUGGCUUCAUGCCAGGAUAAGUGAGCUCAGGCUCUUGCCUCUUCCGUCCACCAAGUUCUCAUCUCCUAGAGUACAGGUGUUACUCAGACAGAAACUUGCCUUUAUCCCCACCCUAGCUCCAGAGCCAUGGCUCAGAGAUUUUUGCCUGGGCAGAGAAGCAGGCCGUAAAACUGAUAGCUCUCAAUAUUUUCCCAAGGAAAUUGACUUCAUUUGCAAUAGACCACGGAGAAGGUCAAGCCGAAGUGCACUCUUAAGAACAGUGGAGCUAGCGGUGAAACGCAAUUGGAGGCAGAUUUGUGGAUUUAAUAAAAUAGAGCUUAGACAUAGGUUGGCUAGUCUGUAAGAGCACCAGAAUAAGACAACUGGAAAUAACCCUCCUGGGGUGAGAACAGAUAUGAAAUGCUGACAUAGCAAACCAUUCCUUCAAAGGACCCACAAUUUGAUUGGAUUAGUUUGUAGAGCUAUUUAUGAUCAGGGUAUUAUUGAAAACAAUAGAGCAACCAGCUGACAAUUAGUGGAGUUUUACAGCUGGGUAUGGUCAGAGAAAGAAAAAAAGAUAGCCCUGCCAAUACUGCUG